GUAGCCGGGUAUAAAUAUAGGAGGAAGCACCAGUGCGGUGCACUUAUGGUGAUUAUGGAGGUUAGUAGAUAAUCUACCAGAAUACCAGAUCCGCUGCCUCUCUCGCUCUCGGUGAACAUCCCUCGUCAGUCAGUUUCCGCAUCUAUCCUUUCCGCCGCGCGCCGUCGGCUAGCUAGCUGUUCUUCUAGCUGCUGGUAGCCGCGGCGGCCGUGCGCUGGUGGCUGCUUAAUUCUUGGAGAGAUAUUUACUUAAGGCAUGUUUGAAUAACGGCGUCCCAGGGCGCGCCACUGAGAGAGAGCUGCCGGCUAUGGGUUCCGGCCACCUCCUCCUCGCCGCCGCCGUCACCAUGCUCUCCGUCAUGGCAUCUGGGCAGUCCGACAACAUCUCUCAGCUCUGUACGCUAUCUUGCUCGACGACGGACAACUACACCGACAGCAGCCAGUACAAGAAGAACCUGGACAGCCUCCUCGCCGCCCUCCCCGCGGCGGCCGGCGACAACGGCUGGUUCUACAGGAGCAGCGCCGGGACGGGCGCCGACGAGGUGUUCGGCCUCAUCAUGUGCUUCGCUGACCGCAGCGCGACGGAGUGCAGCGACUGCCUCGCCGACGCGCCCGCUUGGAUCAGGACGCUGUGCCCGGGCAGCCGGAACGUGACCACGGCGUACGAGGCGUGCGUGCUCCGGUACUCUGCCGCGCCGAUCCCGGCCACCGCGGACCUCGACGCCGCGUUAGUCGUGAGCGUCACCGGGAUGCCCGUCACCUCGGACGCCGUGCUCGCGGCCUGGGUGCCCCUGAUGAGCUACCUCGUCGCCGGCGUCGCGCUCUCGCCCCUGCUGAUCGCCAACGACACCACGCCGUACUCGAGCACGCAGGAGAUGUACGGGCUGGCGCAGUGCACGAGGGAUCUCAACCCCACCGAGUGCACGCGCUGCGUCAACAUCUACAUCGCCCAGCUGGGGUCAACGUUCCCCAACAACACCGGCGGCUGCAUCAAGGGGUCCAGCUGCAACCUCGUCUACCAGGUGGGCUUUCCGAUCAACAUCACCCUGCCGCCCAUACCUCGUCUACCAGCUGCAACCUCGUCUACCAUGCCGGCACCUCCACCUCCAGGAUCUUCAUCGUCUUCCAAGAAAGCGCUCGUGAUCGGCUUGUCUGUUGGAGCUGCUGCGUCUCUGAUCGUCCUGGCCUCCCUGAUAUGGAUCCAUAGUCUCCGGCGACGGAGGAUACCGGCUAAAAUCCUUGACGAAUUCGAGAAAGGCACAGGGCCAAAGCGGUUUCGCUACGGCGAGCUCGCCGUCGCCACCAACAACUUCUCGGACCAGCAGAAGCUGGGAGAGGGAGGGUUCGGGUCAGUGUACAGAGGCUACCUCAAGGAGAUGGACCUUCACGUCGCCAUCAAGAGGGUGUCCAAGGGUUCCAAGCAGGGGAGGAAGGAGUACGCCUCGGAGGUGAGGAUCAUCAGCCGGCUGAGGCACCGCAACCUGGUGCAGCUCAUCGGCUGGUGCCACGGUAGUGGCGAUGAUGAGCUCCUCCUCGUCUACGAGAUGAUGCCCAACGGCAGCCUCGACUGCCACCUCCACAGUCCGGACAGAGUGCUGACAUGGCCGGUCAGGUACCGCGUCGCGCUCGGCGUCGGCGCCGCGCUGCUGUACCUGCACGAGGACGCCGCCGAGCAGCGCGUAGUGCACCGGGACGUGAAGCCCAGCAACGUCAUGCUGGACGCGUCGUUCAACGCCAAGCUUGGCGACUUCGGGCUCGCGCGGCUCAUCGGCGACGGCCGGCGGUCGCACACCACGGGCGUCGCCGGCACGUUCGGGUACAUGGACCCGAAGUGCGUGCUCGCCGGGAAGGCCAGCGUGGAGUCGGACGUGUACAGCUUCGGCGUCCUCCUCCUCGAGGUCGCCUGUGGUCGGCGGCCGGCAGUGCUCGUGGGGGAGGAGGAAGACGGGCACUUGGUCCACGUCCACCUGGUGCAGUGGGUGUGGGACUCGUACGGCGGCGGGAGCAUCCUUGACGCGGCCGACACGCGGCUGGGAGGGGAGUUCGACGGCCGGGAGAUGGCCUGCGCGAUGAUCGUCGGGCUCUGGUGCGCGCACCCGGACCGCAGCCGCCGGCCCAACAUCAGGCAGGCCUUCAACGCGCUGCGCUUCGAGGCGCCGCCGCCGAGGCUGCCCGCCAAGAUGCCCGUCGCAACGGAUGGGCCCCCGCCGGCUGGCUCAAGCUCAACGACGUCGUCUACUGAAGCGGGGAGGACGACGACCCAAGGGCUAGGCGGCGGCGGCGUCCAGACGCCAACCACGGCGGCAUCACUCGAUAUCGAGCAUUAAUUCCAGCUCCGUCCAGCACGAGGACGACAGCACUUUGAUGUGAACUAGAAAACCUGGGCGCAGCGUUGCUGCGCCAUCUUUGAGCUCGCAUGCAGCUAACAACUUGGAUGAUAGAAUAGAUGGACUGUCUUGUAUUGCAGAAUGAUCUCUUUCGUUUA